AUGGGUUCUCAGGUAGAAGAGAUGUCGCUUCAGGCAGAUGCCGAGCGACCUGAUUUCAUGAAUCCCGCGGUUUUUCGAAGAAACACACUCCCCGCGCGUUCCUACGACAUCCCCUCCACAUCCAUCCUUCUCAAUGGCGCCUGGGAAUUCAACAUGGCGCGUUCGCCCCCGGAGGCGCCAGAGCCUAGCGAGGGAGAUUCUGAGGAGUGGUCCAGUAUCAACGUUCCAGGUCAUUGGCAGUUGCAGGGUUGGGGAAAGCCGAAUUAUACCAACACGCAAUUCCCAAUUCCUGUGUGCCCGCCUUUCGUCCCAACAGAGAACCCAACCGGCACAUACCGUCGGAAGUUCACAGUGCCGGCUGAAUGGAAAGCCGAUGAGAUGGAGGUUCGACUACGAUUUGAUGGCGUCGAUAGCGCAUACCAUGUCUGGGUGAACAAGUCUCUGAUCGGGUAUGCGCAAGGGAGCAGAAACCCAUCCGAGUUUGACGUUACCCCAUUUUUGCAGGCUGGCGAGAACGAGGUGUUUGUCAGAGUGUAUCAGUGGUCGGACGCGACUUAUAUCGAAGAUCAGGAUCAGUGGUGGCUAUCGGGAAUCUUCCGAGAUGUGAACUUGAUCGCAUUGCCCGCAAAAGAUCGCCUGAAUGACUGGUUCAUUCGUACGGAUCUCGAUUCGCAAUACACCGACGCUACACUCCUUGCAACGAUUGACUACCAAGUUUCCGAAAAUGGCACUCUUGCACUGAACUUGAUUGAGUCAGUUGAGGGCCAGAGUCAGAUCAUUGCUUCUACGGAGCGCAGUGUAGAGUCUACAGCCUCUAAGGUUGAUUUGAGCCUGCCUGUCACAAAUCCCAAGAAAUGGACUGCCGAGCGGCCUUAUCUGUAUAAUGUUGAGAUGGUUUUGACCACGCCUGGACCCAACAAGACGUUCAAAAGAACCCAGUGCAUUGGUUUCCGCAAAGUGGAGCGCAAGGAAGGUCUCAUCACGGUGAACGGAAAGGCCAUCCGGCUUCGUGGAGUCAACAGACAUGACCACCACCCUCACUUGGGCCGUGCCGUGCCGUUGGAUUUUAUGAGGAAGGAUUUGCUGCUCAUGAAAGCCCACAAUAUCAACGCCCUGCGUUGUAGCCAUUAUCCCCCAGAUGCUCGACUUCUGGACAUGGCCGACGAGCUGGGUUUCUGGGUCAUUGACGAAGCCGAUCUGGAAUGCCAUGGCUUCUAUGAUGCUGUUGCACGCCCAAUGGACAUGGACGAGACAUUGGGCUACGAGGAACGCAAGGCCAUGACCUUCCCUAAGUGUGCUGUUCACACCUCGGAUAACCCUGUCUGGCGGGAAGCCUACGUUGACCGAGUUCACUCCCUUAUGCAGCGUGACAAGAACCAUACCAGUGUCAUCAUCUGGUCAAUGGGAAAUGAGGCUUUCUUCGGCACAUGCCACCGUUCUAUGGUGGAGUACGCUCGAGACUUUGACAACACUCGCUUGGUCCACUACGAAGGCGAUGUUGAUGCAGAGACAACCGACAUGUUCAGUUACAUGUACCCUGAGAUCAAUCGACUUCGAUCUCUGGCGGCCAGUGAGGGCGUCGUCGAUGGCAAGUUUGACAAGCCGAUCAUUCUUUGUGAAUAUGCUCAUGCCAUGGGUAAUGGACCUGGUCUCCUUGCUGAUUACGAGAAAUGCUUUGAUGAAAUUCCCCGCUUGCAGGGUGGCUUCAUCUGGGAAUGGGCCAACCAUGGUCUAUACGUUGAAGGCGCCAACGGAAAGGACAGUUUCUAUGCCUACGGUGGUGACUUUGAUGAUUAUCCAAAUGAUGGAACAUUCGUGAUGGAUGGUCUACUGAACAGUGUCCAUGAGCCUUUACCAGGUUUGCUGGAGCUCAAAAAGGUAUUGGAGCCGGUGAAGCUGGAGGUGCAGGGACAAAACCUGGUAUUGAAGAACCGGUACGACUUUUCGGACUUGAACCACCUCCAGGCUUCAUACAAGCUUGAAGCAUUUGGCAAAGAGUCUAGUGUUUUGGCUACUGGGCAGCUAGAGCUGCCCGUUAUCCCCUGCGGUCAAUCUACCGAGAUACCCUUGCCCGUAGAGCUGUUCCAAAAUGACGCUCAUCCAACUUAUUUGACCAUUGAAUUGGCGCAAAGAGAAAAGGUUGAGUGGAGCCAAGGGAAAUCCACGGUCGCUUGGACUCAGGCGUUGGUAUCAAAGCCAACUGGAAGCGUUCCAGCCAUCAUCGCAAUUUCUACAGACGACACUCACAGUACUGUCUCGACCAAAUCAACUAAAACAGUUGUUUCGGUAAGCGGCGCAAACUGGAAAUUCGAGUUUGAUCGAGUUCGCGGACAUCUCAAGAAAUGGACUCACAAUGCCAUAACCAUUCUCGAGCCGGAUACAGCAACAGGGAUUGCUAUGAUCCCUGGAUUUUGGCGUCCUCCAACAGAUAAUGAUGUUCCCUCAGCAGCACCAUAUUGGAAAAGAUUUGGAGUCAACAGUCUCACAAACCAACUUCGGUCGUUUGACACGUCCUCCACCGAAGAUGGCGGUGUCUGCAUUGAGAGCGAGACGUUCCUCUCCCCCCAGUGCUCUCUUGGGGAUGGAAAUGCUUCGCACGAUACAUAA